CAGACCGCCACCUAACUUCCGGCUACUCUUUCCCGUCCUCUACCUGUCUGGCUGACUCAUAAAUCCGUGUUGAGAUUUACAACCGUGUCCGGGUCCGAACCGCAUGAGGCGUUCACGCUCCGGACGGUGUGGAUGUAUUGGGUUCGCUGGAAUCGUGGUGGGCAUCCCAUUUGUGCUACGGCUCCGCCCGGCGAGCGGUGCUAAAGUGACUGGCAGAGUUUCUUCAAGGGUCCGACAGCCGCCGGAGUAGAGGCGCAGUCCGACCCCCCACGCCGGACAAAGGGAGCAGGAGCGGGGGGGAAACAAGGGAAAUAUUCGACUAAAGGAGAGCUAAAUGAUGGAUACCUACCUCCUCAAGCUAGUCGGUGCUCUGCUCAUGCUCGGUGGGUGCUCAGCCCGGGUGGUGACAGUCUCUCCAGGCCCGUUGAUUCGGGUGGCGAGCCAGCCAGUCUCCAUCAGAUGUGACGUCAAUGACUAUAUGGGCCCCCGUGAGCAGGACUUUGAGUGGAUGAUGUCUCGGGAGGCCAACGGGCAGCGCGUGAAGAUCAUCUCCACCUUUGAUGCCAGCUACUCCCACCCCUCGCUCAGCAAGCGCGUGGCGUCCGGUGACAUCUCCGUGAUGCGUCUGCAGGACAACGUGGUGGAGCUAAAGAUAGCGGAGGCCAAGUCGCAAGAUGCCGGCUUCUACUGGUGCCAAACGCCCAGCACCGACUCCGUCAUCAGUGGGAACUACGAGGCUCAGGUCCAGCUCAUUGUCAUCCCCGACACACUCAAGGUCACACCUCAGACCCCGCCCCCUGUCAUCCCAGAGGGCAGUGAUAUCACGCUGUCCUGCAACGUCACCAGGGAACUCACCCAGUCCACAUACCUGUCUGUUAGCUGGUCGCUAAAAAAAGGAGGAACGUCGGAGGAGAUUUUGACAUUUGGCCCCCAGGGGGACGUGGUCACAGGGGCCAAGUACACCAGGCGCUAUGCCGAUGGAUCCAUCCGGUUGGCCCCCGGGAAGAACGGACUGUUUGAGCUGGCAAUUUCCAGAAUGACGACGUCGGACGAAGGGAUUUAUGAAUGCAACGGAACAGAGUGGACACAUGAAAAUGGAGGGAAAUGGAUUCAAAUCGUGGGCAAGAGAAAGGAAAUGGGAACCGUGGCUGUUGUUCCAACAGGUCAGUCCCUGAGCGUGAAGGCUUUUUCGUCUUCCUCUCCGCCCUCCACAAAUCUGCUCCUCGCUCCUGGUGACAAGCUGACUCUUCUCUGCUCCGUCGCCGCCGACAACCUGCCCUCCCUGUCGCUCGAAGUGUCCUGGCUGGCCAACGGCCGCGAUAUCAUCACGAUGGAGCGCAGCGGGGUGGUGAUCUCCAACGUGUCUGCCAGCUCAGCGCAAGGAAAGCGCGGGGAGGCGAGCCUGGAGCGGAUCGGGGCAGACGGGUACAGGCUGGCAGUGAGGCAGGUGAGCGCGGAAGACGAAGGGACGUACACCUGCCGCAUCCGGGCCUUCAUCGGGAAAGGAGGGAGGAGCGCAGGCGGAGGAGGGCGGUGGCACCUGGCGACUGAGAAGACGUCAAGCCCUGUGACGGUGAAGGUGUCCCAAAUCAGACCCAGCUUCACACUGGCUCUCCAGUCCAUCCUUCAGCCCCAGAUGACCAGCGAACCAGCAGAGUUGUCUUGUCACGUGACCAAUAUUACACACCUCCCUGUGGGAGGCCGCCUGGGUGUGACGUGGGAGCACACCACCCUUCCUGGUGCGACCAGCGAUCCUCAGGCCACACAUCCCAUUGGCUCCUUGGACGGGCAUGGCAAUCUGUUGCCGGGAGCACUGUAUUCCGACAGACUGGAGAGCGGCCUGAUGUCGUUGACCCGAGUCCAGCCCGACACGUUCAAACUGCGGUUCCUCCGCUCUCAGGAGAUCGACAUGGGCCAGUAUGUUUGUGUCAUUUCAACGUGGAGUGCCAACAGCCAGGGAGGCAUGGUGAAGACUGCGGAGAACCGUAGCUUGCCGCUGACUGUGCGAUGGGAUACCAAACGUCCGUCGCUCAACGUUGUCGCCAAACGCAUUCGCGAGGCUUCUGUGGGCGGGGCUACCUUCGAGAUGAGCUGCACAGUGGCAACGGAGAACCUGGGCGAGGCUGGCUAUUCGGUGCUUAUCCAAUCACAGGAGAGCCUGGAGAGCAACGUGAGGACCAUCAUGACUCUCAGCCCUGACAACGUUAUGCAACACGGGGGAGCCACAGACCCCAACAGGAGAGACAGUCUGGUUUUGGUGAAGUCCAAUUCGGCCGAGUUUCGCUUUCGCCUCGGAGGCGUCCAGUUAUUGGAUCGCGGUUUCUACUGGUGUGACAUCACCGCAUGGACAAAGCAGCAACCGAGGCAAACGUGGACCAGAGCCACCAGCGCCGAGUCCAACAAAGUCAAGAUCGACUUUCAAGAGAACGGACCUUCCUUCUCCAUCGCCAUACAUUCGGACACCAGCACUGUUUAUCCAUGGCAGACGGCCAAGAUGAAGUGUUCCCUCCGUGUUUCUGGAUCCUCACCAAAGACUGACGACGUGGCUUACGCGGUGCGUUGGUUUUUCACACGACUACGCGGCGCAGAAACGACAACUCAAGUAGCCAGCAUUGACCGCUUCGGUGUUGUGAGGAAAGAGCAUCGCAAUUCCUCCAGCGACCUUUCCAUAGAGCGUGACGACGCAAACUCCUACACAUUGAACGUCCACAGCGCUCAUGAUAGUGACAGCGGGGAGUAUCACUGUGUCGCCACUCCCUGGUAUCUGUCCGCCUCCACAGGAGCCUGGACUCAAGCUGGGGAGCUGACGUCAUCGCGAGUCUUCCUGACAGUCCGAUUCGCUGUGUGGGAGUCCCUCAAGUUGCCUCUCUUGUAUGGUGUUUCUGCAUCAAUAGGUGUGGGCCUCUUCUCGCUGGUCCUGGGUCUGGUUUGCGCUCAGUGCUGCUGCCGCAACGCUGCACACACUCCGCGCUCGCGCAACAAGUUGAUGGACCUGGAGAUGGACUGACAAACACUUUCCCCUGCACCCUCACACUGCAGUGCUCCCAGGAAACACAAUGCGCACAACAGACACACUCCCGUCGACGACUUCUGGGACAGCCAGUUGUUUCCAAGCGGAAGACGUUGGGAGUAAAUCGGAUGAAGCGAUGUGCCGGGUGCUCGGAACCAUUCCAGCUCUGCAGUGGAGGAGCAGGGGUAUUCUUUCCACUGGGAACUAGACUUCAGUUUUCAGUUUUUCUUUUACAGACAAAGGAGAUAUCACUGCCACGUGGAAGGACCGCUUACCUACCAAACACUAACAAACCAAGGGCUCAGGCUGCCCCCACCCCCCCAUCUAGAAGCCCCCAAAAUGUGCAGCUGGUCUUUUGAGGGUUCAGUUUAGUCAGCCUGAGCCUUGGUCAUUCGGCGCCUCACAAAAGGGCCGCAGAGGGUUGGUGUCCUCCAGCCCCCGCGUGUGAGAUAUUGCACUACCGAGUGUUCCGACCCUAACAGAUGGACGAUAACUACCUUCUAUUCUCACUUCUAGUCUUUUUCAAAUUAAGAGAUUUUAACGUCAGAGACAUUUUUAUGCUUCACGAGGCGACAGACACGCAGUCAGUGUGUUUUUGCGUGUGUACGAUGUCGCACACAGAAAUAUAUUUUGUGUGUGUGUGUGUGUGUGUGUGUGUUACGUGCACAGUGUGAGUGUGCAUGGUGUGUUUUAUAGCACUGAGUGAGCAGCAGGAGCUGUUUUCAGGGUUACAUCAAACGCUCCCAAAUGGUGCUGUCGCUCCACUAAUGUAAGCUUGUCAUGUGGUGAACCCCCCCACCCCCUCCACAAAUGAAAUGUUCCUUUUAUUUAGCCCCUGGUUGAGAUCAUUUCACUUAAUGGCUUUCCUCCUUGCGCCUUGCGAGAGAAACAAGGCAAGUUUACCCCGCCCUCAAGUGAAAAUCCCUGAAAUACGCCGUGCUAGCUGGCGUUUGUUGAGUGUGUUGCACAGAAACGAACGUGCGGUUGGAUCAUGUCAGCGGUCUGCGUGAAUGCACAGCAAAAUACGUUUGUUCCAAGCUGCAAGGUGUGUGUGUGUGUGUGUGUGUGUGUGUGUGUGUGUGUGUGUGUGUGUGUGUGUGUGUGUGUGUGUGUGUGUGUGUGUGUGUGUGAGAGAGACUUUUAUAGGGCUUUCAAAUAGUAUUUCAAUCAAAUAUAGUCUGAACUUUAGGAGCAAUAUUGUGCAGCGGUUGUUUUUCACUCUGAGUCCGAGUCCUCAGGGCUUGAUUGACAGCGCCUAUGAAAGUGCAGCUGCCGUAUUCAAAUGGAGCACAGGUAGUCCUCGGGUUUCGUACGUACAUGCUGUUACCACUGUCCGUUUCAUAGGAGAUUCACAGAUCCUUUCACAUGUUUAAAGACGCUAUCUUUAGCCUUCAGGAUAGCCGCCGCUUUUCGGCAGCAUGCAACCAAUGCUGAUUUCGCCACUUUCACUUUCUUUUACUAGUACCAUGGAGAUUAAACUUAAAUAGUUUGUCCUGACGUGUUACUCCACCAGUCCGCCAAUGUACAGUCGCUUCGGAUUGCGCAGCGUCACUCUAUUGCAGUGUUUCAAAACAUUUUAAUCAAUAAAUCAUGCUGUUUCAUGCCUAUUUCAUACAGCCUAUUAUCAGUUUUUUAUGCGUACUUAAGCAUGGCCUAAAUUAAGCAUGUUCAAGCAUAUAAAUGUCUUAAAUGAACUUAAAAAAAAAUACAAGCCAUUCAGAAGCCGCAUUGGAAGCCAUGUUGUGAUAUGUAGUGUUCUACGUGGGACACGCGUCAGUAAUGUUCCGCCAUGUUACAUUGACGAGACACUAGCCAUCGCUGGAAGAACGAUCCAGAAACCAGAAGUAAAAGUGAAAAAACAAGAAGAAACUCUCCCCACGCUAACGUGUGAGUCUAUGUUUUGUCUUAUUUUCUGUUAUUAUGUUUGCCACAUUGUGUAAUACGAUUGUAAAGCGUUCGAGCAUAGACAUGUCUAAAUGAACUCAAAAAUUACAAGCCGCAUUGGAAGACAUGUUGUGAUAUGUAGUGUUCUACGUUGGACACUAGGCGUCAGUAAUGUUCCGUCAUGUUAAAUUGACGAGACGCGAGCCACCGCGGGAAGAACGAGCCAGAAACCGGAAGUAAAAAUGAUACAAGAAGAAGCUCCCCCAACGCUAACGUGUGAGUCUAUUUUUUUUUCUUAUUUUCUGUUAUUAUGUCUACUGUAUUGUGUAAUACAAGUGUAAAGCGUUCAAGCAUAGACAUGUCUAAAUGAACUAAAAAAAAAAAUGCAAGCCAUUCAGAAGCUGCAUUGGAUGACAUGUUGUGAUAUGCAGUAUUGUACGUUGGACACUAGGCGUCAGUAGUGUUCCGUCAUGUUACAUUGACCAGACACGAGCCACAGCGGGAAAAACGAUCCAGAAACCGGAAGUAAAAGGAACAACAAGAAACUCUCUCGUUUGUGUCUUAUUUCCUGCUAUUUUGUGUACUAUAUUUGGUGAUAUGGGUGCAAAGGUAAGUAUUAUUUCAUGUCUAGAGGGCUCUGUUCGAGUUCUAAAGAAGUAAUCCUUCUAGUAUCACGGUCGCGAUAAACGAGGGACUAACGUAUUCAUCCGCCUACACACGCACGUACACAAUAGUUCUUUUUGUACAACAUUAAGAGCGGCAGUGCGUGCGUAACCGCGAGGACCACUUGUAUAUGCAAUGGUUAUUCCACACACACAAAUAUAGGCAAUACAUCAAAUCUUCUGUGCCAAAUGCUCAACUUUUAACACAAAAUGCCACUAACAGACUUCCCUCUUUUCAUGUUCUGUCGUUUUAUUGCCACAAGUAUGAUGAACUGUGUGUGUUUUUUUUAAAUAAAUAGAUUGUAAGAUGCUGAUCUGAAGUUGCGUGUUUAACACCCCUUUACUCCCAACAAGCAGCUCUAAUAAAGCUGAGGAUUCUUCGUGACGUCUCCUGAUGUGUGUAUUUUGCAGACAAGAUGGAUUAGUGUGGAAAUAAGGCCGCCGGUGUUGUUUGGUUGGUUGGUUGGCGGGCGCCGGGGUGCUUGCCCCGGCUGGCCCACAUCCGCCCUCUCGCUCUGCUGAAAAUGAGUUUUCCCAAAGCAUCUGAUGCGGUCGUGAUGAGAGUUCUCACACGGUGACAAAUGUGGGCCGAGAUGGUUUUUGUCAGUAUGUGCGGUUUAAGCUAUCAAUCUUCUCUUUUUUUUUUUUUUUUUUAACCAACUUGGAAAAAGUUGGUAAAGAGAAUGUUUUAUUAUUCAACACGAGGCUGCAUCUUGUCGCCUCCUCGUCCUGUCUUCCGCCAUUUGUCACCGGCUUGUCUUUUCCUCUCCUCCACUCCUGUACAUCUUUCAUUGCCUCUCCACAUUACAACAAUUUCUCAUCCCUCACUCUUGAUUGAAAAUGCAGAUGAGCCUCAGCUGUUCUCGCAGGCUUUGAUUUUAGCGCCUCUUCAGUGCCAAUCCCGCUCCGUCUCAUUUGCAUGUGGAGGAAAGUGGCAUCUUUUCUAGCUUGCUCUCUCAGGGUCCGCUUGACCCAGUUUCUCGGUCCUGCUUUGUGUGUUGGCUCCUGUCGCGGAUCAUUUAGUAAUGUGCUCUUGUUACAACUUGGCUGUUGUCUUGCUCAGUUCUCCAGUGCUAAUCGUGCUCGCACCCCCUACGCUCCUCCUGAGACGGUGUGUGGUGAGGCGUUGCAGCUUGAGGGAUACGGGAAAAUAUCGGGCAGAGUACAGUGGCAAGCCUGUUCUCCCAGCAGUCCAGUAGAGGUGACAUGAAUUCCCCCCCCCCCAAUUGUUAUCAACACUGAAUGUUUACAACGCAUCCAUCUGCCCCGUCGGCACUUUUCUUUGUAAUCGCUUUAAAUCCUGCACUCUCUCACUUGGAAUAAAAUGCAGAUUAUCUUAUCAAGCAGAAUCAACUCGGAUUUUAUGUUCUGCACAAACCCAAACUCUUUACUUUGUGUCACUAUCAAAGGAGUGUUUUUGAGAAUGCACUGCCAUGAGCCUCUUUAGGUGGGGUUGGGCAUCGAGCAUCGACGGGAGCCGGGACUAACAUUCCAAUUCUCCCGAGAUCCUUCAUUUGAAAACAUUUUGAUUCCUACUUUGGAUGAUCGACCAGCCCACUGACCGUAAAAAAUGGCCGCAUAACACCAACAAAGAAGAAGCGCUCGAAACUGUGCACAAUAAAUGAACGGUCGGCGUGCAACAUCUGCAAAGGGUGCACCAUACACAUGAUUGAACCUCCGGAUUCACGGCGUACAUAGUGAUGUGUUUUUGACGCCGGACUUCUUCCAACCACUCAGGUUAGUAAAACAAUAAAUGACGUCCAUCUUAUGCCAACAUCGAAGCAGCAAACAAAUUCUGCUUUAUACCCGCAAAUACGGUGGCCAACGCAAACAUCCAGCUUUUUCAUAGACAACCAACCUGACGUUAAUGAUAGCUUUAGCCAGGAAGUCGACCAAGUGUUACUCCAUUCGCCGUACUUGUUUGAUAUUCUGCACGCAGGUUCGCAGGAACUCAGUAACACGGUUAAGUUACACUUUGACUGUUACGCAUCAUAAGACACUCGCCAACACAUAAACAACACAAUAUGUGGAAUUGUUUUUCAUGUUUUCAAAAAUAAAGAUCAUUUGUGAACGUGUACUGUUAUGUAAGGAGACGUAAACAUUUAUGUUCAACUUCAAUGGUUUGAUGUUUACAGUGGUGUGAAAGAGUUUGCCCCUUCCUGAUUUCAUAUUUUUUUUGCAUGUUUGUCCCACUUGUUUCAGAUCAUCAAACAAAUGUAAAUAUUAGUCAAUGACAACACAACUCAACACUUGAUGCACUUUUUAAAUCAAACUUUUUAUUAUUAAGGGAGAAAAACAUCCAAAGUUACAUGUCCCUGUGUGAAAAAGAGAUGCCCCCCUAAAGCUAAUAAGUGGUUGGGCCCCCCUUAGCAGCAACAACUGCAAUCAAGUGUUUGUGAUAACUUGCAAUGAGCCUGUUGGAGUUUAAAUGCAGUUUUGCAUGUCUCGUCCUCCUGUUUCUUCUUGCAUUUUGAUGUUCUCCAUACAAUCUGGUUACAAUCCACCUGCGUAACAUGCAAAAUACCUGUGAUUCAGCAGUCACAGUCCAACAAAUUCACUAUAAUUUUUGGUCAAAAAUGUUUUUAAAUCUGAAAAUAGCAGGGCCGGGUGUUAGCUGUGUGUCCAGCCUUCAACCUGGAGAAGUGGAUUGCACUUUGUCAGGCCUCUACCCUGAGACUGAGCCAACUUGGGUGUCCCACCUGAAGACUCAUCCCCUGGCAGUCUCCCCUCUGUGCUUGUGUGGCUGAGAAAAGCUCCCACUGGUGAAAAACAGCUUUUUCUUAACUAUUCCGCCAGUUGAUUGCACAAAUAUAUUACAUAGAUGUUAUAUUAACCUCUGUUUUUAGUUGUUCAUUAUUAGUCGUCUAACGGGUGGCUUUCUCUGGUUCCUCAGUGUCUUCACAGCCCAGAUGCCCCACCCCCAUUCCUCCUCAGUAAACAUCCAAUCACUGUUAGUGUGCAAACGACCAAGAAUGCAGCUGUGGUGUCAGGUUUCAAAACAGAGCGGAGAACCGAGGCCACAGAGGUGAGAGAUGAGGGGAGCAGUGAGCUGGCCCUGGAAGAUGGGCUGUUUUUUCCACAGGAAACACAUCUCGUUCACCGUAAGUCAGUAAUCAAUUAUGAAUAUGUCACAAUACAGCAUAUACUGAAUGUGCCGCUGUUCAAUUUGUACAUGUUAUGUCUUUAUGCUUCACUGAUAAGCAUUGAGAUUACGCACUUUGUUUGGCUUCCCUUGAACGCAUCCGAGUUGCAGUGAGCGAGGGGAGCGUUCUGGAGCCGAAUCUCAUCUAAUAUUUCCAACAGCCGCCACAGUCCCGU